GACGUCACUGCAAAGCUGCAAAUCAACAAGGAAGAAGGAAGAAAAUCCGUGUGGAUAAAAUUGUCGUCCGAACGGUGUUAUAUUUGAUUAUUUCCGACAGCGCCAACGGAUUUAUUAAACUGGCCCUUUGACUGGUAAUCUAGAGUAACAGACAGCGAUUUUACAGUAAUCUUAAAGCGAGUUUCCAGCAGCAUUGGACAAGGCUGAUGAUUUGACAGGUGAAACUCACUGUGUUCUAAUAUCAGGUAUCAUCAGUACUCCCAUACAAGAAGCAGAGCUGUCUCUGGUUCAUCAUGACAACAACAUCGGUCUCGGAUGUACCGAUCACAAUCGUCAAAGAGGGCUGGCUCCUAAAACGAGGUGAGUACAUCAAGAAUUGGAGGCCGAGGUACUUCCAGCUGAAAUCCAAUGGAGAAUUUGUUGGGUACAAGGAUAAACCAAAAGGGAAAGGAGAGCAAGAGGCCCUCAAUAACUUCACUGUAAUAAAGUGUCAAAUCUUGAAGACAGAGAAGCCUGCCCCAAACACAUUCAAAGUUCGCUGUUUCCAGUGGACUACCCUCAUUGAGAGAACAUUUUCUGUAUCUUCAAGUGAAGAAAGGGAGUCUUGGGUAAAAGCAUUACAAGGUGUAGCAGAUGCAUUGCACAAACAGGAGCAGGAACAGAAUCAACUGGCCAAGAAUGAAGCAAAUGGAGGUAAAAAUGACAGCAACUCAACAGUGGAUGAUGCUUCAAAACUUAAAGUGACAAUGGAUGACUUUGAGCUGCUAAAAUGCCUAGGAAAGGGAACGUUUGGCAAGGUAAUCCAAGUCAGGGAGAAGAAGACGGGUGAACUCUUUGCCAUCAAAGUUCUCAAGAAAGAAGUUAUUGUACAAAAGGAUGAGGUAGCACACACAUUGACAGAGAACAGAGUCUUACAGAAGACAAGCCACCCCUUUUUAACGUCCCUUAAGUAUUCGUUUCAAACGCCUGAUAGACUCUGCUUUGUGAUGGAGUAUGUAAAUGGAGGUGAACUCUUCUUUCAUUUAUCACGGGAAAGGGUGUUUUCAGAGCACAGAACACGUUUCUAUGGUGCAGAGAUCGUCUCCGCCCUCAGCUACCUUCAUGAACAAAAUGUCAUCUAUAGAGAUCUCAAGUUGGAAAACCUUCUGUUAGAUCAAGAAGGGCAUAUCAAGAUAACUGACUUUGGUCUCUGUAAAGAGGGAAUCUCCUAUGGUGAGGUAACUAAGACAUUCUGUGGAACGCCAGAGUAUCUAGCUCCAGAAAUCCUAGAAGAUAAUGACUACGGGAGAGCAGUAGACUGGUGGGGUACGGGUGUAGUCAUGUACGAGAUGAUGUGCGGCAGGCUACCUUUCUAUAGCAGGGACCAUGAGGUUCUCUUUGAGCUUAUCCUGACAGAAAAAAUCAAGUUCCCCAGCAGAAUCAGUGAAGUUUCCAAGUCUCUUCUCGAUGGAUUGCUGGAGAAAAACCCCAAUAAUAGGUUAGGAUGUGGACCCAAAGAUGCAAAGGAAAUCAUGGAACAUAAAUUCUUUGAUUCAAUCAACUGGGAAGAUCUCUAUGAAAGAAAGAUACGCCCUCCCUUCUUACCUCAAGUGGCACAUGAGACAGAUACAAGAUAUUUUGAUCAGGAAUUCACAUUAGAACCUGCAAAGCUUACUCCACCAGGAGCAGAUACACUUAAUGCCACCCUAAAUGAAGAGCAGGCACAAUUUGAAAAAUUCUCGUACACGGAUGAUCCCACCCUGCAAAAAUGAGUCAAGCAAGCCCAUCUUUCCAACUUCCUUCUACUUGUGAUCCAUCUCGAAGACCUUACCCAAUCUCCACACUCAUUCACUGUCAUCAGAACAUUUCCUCGCCUAUCUCAUUUUGCUCAGAACAUUCUAUCACUAACAUUUCUAUGAAAUGGUCAAUUAGCUUGUUGGAAUAUCAAUGUGGCAGUGCAUGGAUGCUAUUCUGGAAACAGGUCACCAGGGAUACCCAUACAUAAAUGGCUGCAAAAGACUGUGUGGUGAAAGAUACACGCAAGCCAUAUCAUUUUCAGGUAUCAGUUUGGGCCUUCCUUUACAUCCUUCAUUAUUCCUCAUACCUUAUAAGUUCCCCAUUGAAUUAUUGGACUGCUAUGGAUGGAGCAAUGAACCAUUAUUAACAUGUCUGCUGCACCGACUUGCGAUAGCUUGCAAAAUUGUUGACUGAUCUUUGACGUCUGAUAGGCCGUAGAUGAAGAGGAGGGUUAUCCUAGCAACUGAGCAUGAUGAGUUCAGGCCUCAUACUGUGUUGACAUACCAGGAGAAAAAGUGGAGAAAGAAAGUAUGAGCCAGGGUUGCAAGUUGCAACUAUCUUCAAGGAAUAUUUGUGCUGCUUUAUUUUGUGACUGCCAAAAGAAAACAAAGGAAGAAUUGUAGAUUUGUAAUACAAUUGCAUCAUUGGAAAGCACAAGUUAAAUUGUUUUGUCACUAUUUAGAAGAUGGUCUCAUUCUGAUGAAAAAUAUUUUAUGUUCAUUUAAAAGGCUUUAUUACUAAUAACGAUUUGUUCAUUGUAUUGACUUAUAUGGGAGAAAGAUAUCAACGAAAACUGUGAAAUUUUGGAUGUAAUUUUUGUUGUUUUUAGUAAAUUGUACAAAGAAAUAUUCAAAGCAAAUUACUGUAGUCUAAAUUUGCUCACUAUGUUGAAAAUAUGUACAUGAAUAAUGUUAAAAAGUUUAACAUAAAAAAGUUUGACUACAAAAAGUGAUUCUCUGGAUGAAUUAUAUUGAGAGAGAUACUACAAAGUGUAUUCGUUCUUUUGUUUGUGGAAUGUACAGUAUUUGUCAACAAAUUUGAACGUAUAUAU